UUUGCCGUUGACUCGUUUCAAUGCGUUCACUAUCAUCAUCGUUAGAGCCAUGGAGCAAGAUUACGAAUCGAUUGAGGAUUAUCUGAGCAGCGAGUUCUACGACACGGUAUGCGGUUCCACCGGGUGUCCGGAUGGCAUCGCUGCUGCUGCUGCUGAUGAUGCCGGUGGUGCACAAAUUCGGACCAUGGAAGAGAUAAUGUUCCUGUACGCGUACAACGUCAUAAUUGUCGGCAUCGGAAUUGUGUUCAAUAUUGUGCUGAUUAAAGGAAUUCUUAGCGCCAAAGCUAGUGGCGCUUUCUUAUUCCUGGUGCAGAUAGCGAUCGUCGAUGUAUUGACGCUGUUGAUCAGCAACUGGGAGCUCCAUUAUCUCUUCCAACACGCCUGGACGCUACCGUCGGUUCACUGUUCACUCUACAGAGGCUUCGAUUCGUUCACCAGCGUCGCGACCGUGUACUUCAUCGUUGUGCUUAACUUUCACGCCAUAGCGACAUAUAAUCUGGCGGUUGAUAUCGCGAAAAGUACGCUAGCCACACCAGAGCAGGAGUGCACGGAGGACUCCUCUGUGACCGAGGAGAACGGCUAUGAAGUGACUGCAGAUGCCGUUUCACAGAAGCGAUCACUCACAAUUGACUAUCGGUACAAGAAGACGCGUAUCUCGGUGCUGUUCCCGAUUCUGCUCGUUUGGUUCAUUGCCGUGUCCGUGUCGUUGCCAGUGUUUCUCUUUGCCGACGUCAACGGGGAGGACCGAAAACAAGAACAAACGAAACAAUGUGCCAUUCUGACGAACACAAGCAUGAAUAAUUUCGCGAUAACUUUGCUGGUAAUUGGCAUACGCAUUGCCAUUCCAACCGUUGCACUAGUCAUAACCACCAUACAGUUGGUGAUUAAAUUUCACAACGGAAAACACUUUCCCCAUCCGGAUGAGGUGGACGAGAAUGUAGCCUUUGCGCUGAAGCUGUCCAUCUUUCUGUCGGUUUCGUACCUUGUGUUCGCUAUGCAGCGGCUCUAUGGUUCGCUGUUACUGGAACUACUUUCGGUGCCAUUGAUCGUGUCCAAGUCUGCCUCGGUUAAUUCGACGAUUGGUCUCAUUUUAAGCGUGUGCUACUAUUCCAUAUCCUUCAUUCGACCACUGGUCACUAUCAUUAUGUGUAAACAGAAGAACAAUCACGUAGAUAUUAAUUUUAUACGUCGAAAACAGGUGACACCCGGCCGGGAAGCUAAGGAGAUAUUGCUGUAAGGUUUUGAGACGCGGCCACUUUUCCCCAUUAGUGUUUACAUAUUGCCUAAAAUUUGAGAAAAACAGAACCAAUUAAAUAAAAUGCUGCUUAACUAGGGUUUAUUGGGUUUCAUAAAUUACCCAUUAAAAUACGCAUAUUUGACAACCUAAUUCUAUUCCUUUCGUUGAUAUUUAAUUCAACCGAUAAUUAUACGUUAUAUUUCGGAUUUUGUAUCCCUACGCUAGUACCGUUCAACCAUACUGAAUUCGAAUGUCCAGCAUAACACUGUUAUCUGGUUGUUUAAAUGGUGAUGCUUGUUUGAAGGACAUAGACGUUCAAAAAUUUCAAAUAUAUUUCAUUUGAUUAAUUCUAAAUCAAAUGAAAUCUAAAUAAAUUUCAUUUGAUUAAUGCUUGAUGACAGCAAAACCGACAUGAGCUUUUAAUAUAAAGCAAUACCAGCUGCGUUGUACUGUGUACAUUUUACC